AUGGAGCUCGAAGGCGAAGACGGUUCCAAAAUCCCUUUGGAAAGUGGCGAAAAAGCACUUUUCGGACGAGGUUCUGGUUUUAACACCGACGACCACACUGUUUCCCGCCGUCACGUUUCAUUCCAACUGAACGACUCCGAGUCAGGGGCUCCUAGGGUUUCAUUCCAAGUCAUCGGAACAAACCCCAUUUGGGUUUUGAAAAACAAUGACGGAACUCUUAAGCUCUUCAACAAGUUCGAUAAGGGUCAAUUGGAACUCGGAGACCGUUUCUGCUUGUCCGGGAAAUCACCCUUUUGGUUCAAAUUGAACAAGUCUCAAGUUUCUGAUACUCAGAUUGACAUUGACCAACUUGAUCUUUCACAAAUUGAUCCUGUUAAAGAGUUUGGCUUUCUUGGGAUGGGACAUGAGUUUGACCUGUAUCCAAAGGGCAUGAUCCAGAAUGUGGAGAAUUGGAAAUGGUUCCUUGAGGAGCCUAGCAAAGAAAGCGAGGAUGACGAUGAGGAUGAUUUUGAAGGGAUGAGGAAAACAAAGGGAAAGCGAAAAGUAUUUAAAGACGAUGAGGAUGACGAGUGGACCGGUGAUAGUGAAGAUGAUAAAGACCUUGUUGCUAAGACGGGGAAAGGUAAGAAACCUCUGUACUCCACAAGGUCUAAAGACAAAGGAGGAGCUAAAAGAAAGAAAACAUCUAGUCUCGACAAAAAUGUUGAAGAAGAAGAAGAAGAUGAUGAUGAUGACAAUGAUGAUGAUGAGACGCUAGGAGGUUUCAUUGUUACUGAUGAAGAAGACGGUGAGGAGGAACAGGACAGCGACGAAGAUGAGGAGGAGGAAGACGAGUUUGAAGAAGAAGAAGAUGACGAUUAA